CGCGCACCAUCAUACCUUCUACCUCACUACCACCUUGGCGCCUUCCUUAUCCACCCAACCACAGGCAUCCCGUCCGUUUGGUGAAGUCAGUCAUCAUCAGAAGCGCAAUCAAAAUUUGAUACUGACUGAGCAUCACGUGCGAAAAGCCACGUCGGGGUCGGGGUCGGGCUGAGAAGGAGUGGCGACAGCGAUCCAGACUCGCGUGGAAGUGACAUGCGACCCUCGGAAGCCAACCCUAGGAUUCAGAAAGGCCAUACAUACUUCCUCGUCUGCGGCACUGCGCGCGCAACCUCAUCAAACUUCGAUUCUUCCAAGCCACGGACGGCGCAUCGAUCAAGCCAUCAUGCGCCGCCUCUGAAAUUCGCUUGAAAUACCCGAAUCUAGAUCAAUGGGCUUGAAGUAUAACGUCGAUGCAUGACUAGCGGCACAGCGUGUUGAUGCUACUGGAGGCCUGCGAGGGCAGGCAAAUGGAGGAUCAAAGGUCCAGAGCUAAAUGCUUUUGUUACAAAGGGGUCCCGUCCUAUCAUACAAGUCCUGUCCUCCUCCACCUCUCGUGCACUGCGUCAGGAGAAGAGCUUAUUAUGGCGCGCAUCUUAACAUUCCUGCUUGCGAUAACAUUCGCCUUGGCGGUCCUGGCUAGCUCCAGCCCUUCCUGCUCCAAUGGCCAUUACACACCUCUCCUCGCGCUGAUCGGGAAUGAUGCCAAGACUCGGACAUUCUGUGCUUCUCUUCCACCAAGAAGCAGGUUCAAGCAAAAUCAGUGUCCCUCGGCCCUGCGACGCCUGGCAUAUCAAGAGAUAAAAGAGUUCUGUGCAUGCUUCCACGCCACGUGUAAGGCGCCACGCUGCCGAGGAGUCACGCCUGAUUGCUGCGAUAAAUACCCAUGCGGAAAGCUUUGCACGAACAAGCAGACUAGCAACGAACAUUGUGGCAAAUGCAACAGAAAGUGCGGAUCUUAUCAAAAGUGUGUACGCGGUCAGUGUAAGCCUACCGUGACGACGACAACGACGACCAGCACAUCCGCGACCACCUCAUCUACGACCACCUCAUCGACAACCACCUCAUCGACAACCACCUCAUCGACAACCACAUCAUCGACGACCACAUCAUCGACAACCACAUCAUUGACGACCACAUCAUCAUCGACCACUACGUCCUCGACAACCACAUCGAGUACUGCUCCAGCCUGCUCCGGAACCGUGGUGCAAGGGGGACGCUUUCCCAGUGGUGCAACGGCAUGCGGCAACGUCGCUUCCGAUUACACACGCGAACCCAUCAGCGCUCUCAAUGGAUCGCCGAGUUGCAGGGACAGCUGCGACACUGACCCGACUUGCAACAAGUACAUUUACAGAAACGAAGACGGCGGCACCUUCUGCUAUAGGAGUCCCAACCCAGGAAGUAGUACGAACCCAUCUUUUUCAGAUGGCUGUCCGUCGGGGGGCACCACAAAUCUCUCCUUCCUCUCUUUCGGUUAUCGGACAGGCUGCCCGUCUUAGCAACGCGAGAGAGUUGCACGAUGCUCGGACUGGAAUGUCUUGUCAUUGGUUCGGCGCGCGUGCUUGCUUAUCUAGUCCGAGAUGGGCCGGCGAUCCACAUAGACAGACAUUGAUGUUCAAGGUUCUCGGCAGCAAUUCGAUUCGAGCAAUCGUGGUCAAGGUUGGUGGGUGCUGGCU